AUGUCGGUCGCCAUCAACGCUAACGAGUCUGCUCCAGCGCCAGUCGCCAGAGGCUCUGCAGCACCCAUCCCUGUGGCUCUGAUUGGCUACGGCUCUUCCGCACGCACCUUUCACCUCCCACUGAUCCUCUCUAGCCCUCAAGACUUUAUUCUACACACAAUUCAACAGCGUCCGGGAAGCAAGUCUGGUCCGGACGCAUCAGCACGUUUCCCCGAUGUCAAGGUUGCGCCCACUUUCGAAUCGGUGUUUGACCACUUGCCAAAAGGCAGCCUGGUCGUUAUCACCACUGCCAAUGCGACGCACAGAGACUUUGCUGUGCAUGCCUUGGACAAGGGCUGCCAUGUCGUGAUUGAGAAGCCGGCUGCGCUCACCAAUGAGGAGGCAGAGAGCAUCAAAGAGGCGGAGCGGAGGAACGGAGUGGUCUGCACCGCGUAUCAGAGUGAGUGUAAUUUCGCGCUAUGAGAGGGUGAUCGGUGGGCAACUUACGCCCUGUCUCUCCCAGACCGCAGGCUGGACGGCGACUACUUGACACUUCUCUCACUACUCAGACCAUCGAGCAGCGAUCAUCCGUCGCCCAUCGGCGCUCCAGUCUCGGUAGAGAGUCGCUUUGAUCGUUUCAGACCUCUGAGAAAGGGGGGAUGGAGGGAGGAAAAGGAUUGGGAAGAAGGUGGAGGAGUGCUUUGGGAUCUUGGGGCUCAUCUUGUCGAUCAGGGUGAGUAGGAGGUGUGGCAACACGCAACGGGCUCGAGGCUAAUAUCGCAAUGUCGCGGAAAGCUUUGGACGCUUUCGGUGUCCCCGAGCGCAUCACAGCAUUUGCCACGUCUGGCCGAGACGCAUCGCACAACGUGGAGGACGACUUUUUGGUUCACUUCCACUAUCCUCCUUCUGCUCCCUUGCCUCCUGACAGCAUCGCUCCACCUCCAGGUACCAAGCUUGGAGGAUUGAGAGCGACUCUGAGCGCGAGCUGCAUUGCUAGCAAGACGGAUGGGGAGCAAAUACGAUGGAAUGUCUGCGGUACGCGCGGAAGCGUGAGUAGAGUGGUUAAGAAGGGUGCAGAAUCUGGACAUGACUGACGUCGCCCAGGCGAAUGUAUGCGGCUGAUAUCCGUGACAGUACGAGAAGCGCGGAUUGGACCCUCAAGAGAACCAACUGAAAGCUGGCUCUACCCCUCUGGAUGCUUCAUUCGGUAGCUACGGCGAUUCUGAUCCUCUGUCCAUCCGUCUCGGACGUCUCACGACUUCCGCAGCACCAGCCGCAGUGCCUUCUGCAGGCGCAAAUGGCGCGGCUCCCGUUCAGCCCUUGCUGACUGCUCAAGACAUUCCUACGUUGCCUGGGACGUAUGGCCGCUACUAUCAGAAUGUCGCUAGAGCCAUCAGGGGAGAAGAAAAGGUGUUUGUUAGCACCGAUGACAUCGUCAGGAACACGAAGGCUCUUUUGCUUGCUAGGAAGAGCGUGCAAGAGUGGAGGAGCAUCAGAUGGGACGAGGCAUGA